AUGGCGGCCGUGGUUGCGCUUCUGCCUUGGCUAGCAUGGCUCGCCGUCGCUUUCCUCUCUUUCUACCUUCUCAACCUCCUCGCGCACGCGCGCUCCGGCCUACCGCCGGCCCCCCGCCCACCGCCGCUCAUCGGCAGCCUCCACCUCCUCAGCGACAAGCCGCACCGCUCACUCGCCCGCCUAGCCAAGAUCCACGGCCCGCUCAUGUCCAUCCGCCUCGGCGUGGUCACCACGGUGGUCGUCUCCUCCCCUGCCAUGGCCCGGGAGUUCCUCCAGAGGCAUGACUUGUCGGACUUGUCGGACUUCUUCCCGGUGCUCGCGCCGGCCGACCUGCAGGGCAUGCGUCGGCGGCUGGCGCGGCUGUUCGCGCGGCUGCAUGCCGUGUUCGACGCCGAGGUGGACCAGAGGCUGCACGGCCGCGACGCCGGCCAGCCCAGGAAGAACGACUUCCUGGACGUGCUGCUCGACGUGGCAGCGCGUGAGGAUGAAAAGAACCUGCUCGACCGUGAGACCCUACGCUCACACUUCACGGAUUUGUUUGCUGCCGGUAGUGACACAAGCUCUAACACAGUGGAAUGGGCAAUGACUGAGCUUCUUCAAAACCCAUCAUCAAUGGCUAAGGUUUGUGACGAGCUUGCACAAGUUAUCGGCUCAAGAAGGAACAUUGAAGAAGCUGAUAUUGUCCGGUUGCCCUAUCUCCAAGCUGUCAUAAAAGAAACUUUUCGACUCCACCCUCCUGCCCCACUACUGUUGCCACGCCAACCAGAGAUGACUGUCAAAAUAGCAGGUUGCACAAUACCUAAAGGUUCACGUGUGUUCAUAAACGUAUGGGCGAUAGGUCGAGAUAAAGAUGUAUGGACUGAACCUGAGAAGUUUAUGCCCGAGAGGUUCUUGGGUUCAACGAUUGACUUUAGGGGUGUGGAUUUUGAGCUCCUUCCAUUUGGUGCUAGGCGUCGGAUUUGCCCAGGAAUGGCAUUGGCAAUUAGGAUGGUGCAUGUGAUGCUCGCUUCAUUGUUAAAUCAGUUUAAGUGGAGUCUCCCUGUUGAGCUGGAACGUGAUGGGAUUGAUAUGGAUGAUCAGUUUGACCUGACGCUAGCGAAGGUUGUGCCCCUUUGUAUUAUAGCACCACCCAUUUGA